AUGAUAGAGAUUCAUGUACAAGGUGUGGUGGACACAACCUUGGAAUGUUCUUCGACUGAUAUUCUGGCUACAUACCUUAUGCACGUACUUGAUUUCUCUGCCGGGUGGGGCUUUCUUAACUUAGCUGUCGCUGCGUUUACGAGGGCGCUCAGAGGGAGUCGACAUAUCGAUGAACUGGACGAGCCUGAAUUCAACAUUCCGCGCCUUCUCCGUAUUGCAGUCGUCUAUCCAAUCUGGGAGGAUACCGCGAAUAUCCUGGCUAGUGAGUUCGUUCGCUUCCUGAUGAAUGGAGAUAACCUGCAUAUCCUGCCAGGCUGGCUCGGUCGUGUCGUGUCUUUGGUCCGCACACCGUCUCUUACGGGUGCAUUGAAGCAGGCCAUGACUUCAUCCCUUUCUCAUUUGAUAUGCAGUCGUCUGCAGGCGGCGUUACUAGCAAAUUCCCGGAGAGUUAUGUUUAUUUUCGCCUGGAUACUGUCUGGGGCUUUCCUAACUUUGGAUGCGGAACGGAUUGAGGAUGAGGUGGCGAUGGAAAUUGUGCCAUAG